CGAUGUGACGUUAAAAAUACAGGAGAUCUGACAAUACAUUUUGAGGUUAUCUGUCAAACGAUUACACAAGUCUACAUCUUUUUUGUUUGUAAAACUGUUAUUGUCAUAUGAUGUAUAAGCUGUCAUCGACACUGCGACAGAAUGUGAUUAUCUGAAAAUAAAAUGUGGCUAUAUAAUUCUCGAUUAUUAGGAAAUGAUUGCUACUGAAUAAUGUUGAAACACACGUUUGUGGUAGCAUUGUUUUCCUUGGAAUAAUAAUAUAGAUAUAUCCAAUCAAAUACGAAAAAUGGCACUUGUAAACAUCGAAGGAAUUGAUCCUUGGCUCACGGAAUAUGACGCAUGCGAAAAGCUGUUCCGUGAGAUUAUGGAACAACUCACUAUGCGUGAUGGGGAGCCAAAGGCAUCGAAAGUUUACGCCAGUCUGUCAGCCAAUAUAAGAUUGCGUAUGAAGCAAUACACACGAGAAGUUCAGCAAUUAAAAUGCAAAGUAGAAGAAGCUUCUAAAUUAAAAACAAUAACAUUUGAGGAAGCUGAACGUAGAACGAGGCAAGUGGAACAACUACAGAGCAAGGACAUUCAAUUACAAAAAUUAUAUGACCCACGUACAAAUGAUUACGCAUUGUCGCGCGCUAAUCUAUUAAGGGCAGGCCCAUCAGUUUUCGCAGACGGUGGUACGACUUCUUGGGCUGCCGAUGAUGAUGAUGACAAACCAUUAGAUGUACAAGUGUCCGUUAAUGAUCUUAUGAGUCACCAAGAUCGAAUAUUAAUAGAGCAAGACAAAGGUUUGGAGGAGUUAUGUAAAGUCAUAACUCGCCAAAAAGAAAUUGGACAAACAAUUAGCAAUGAAGUGGAUCAUCAAAAUGAAAUAAUUGACGACCUGGCUGAUCAUAUGGACAGAACCGAUGAAUCUUUGAUCAACAAGACUCAACAGGUUCGUCAUAUACAUUCCAAAGACCGCACAUGUGGUUACUGGGUAGUGAUACUUAUACUUUUUAUUGCUAUUAUUAUUGUUUCUUUUGUAUAGUGAAUAUAUUAUUUUAAUCCUGAAUUAUAAAUAUCUAAACUGCACAAAUAUAUUGCGCUAAGACAUUUAUAAAUAAAAUAAAUAACAAUGUAAUAUCAAUUAUAAAGUAAUAAUUUUGUAUCUGUUAAGUUGCUCAUUUAACUCUUUGCCUUAUAUUCCUUAUAACAUCAAGUAAAAUUUGUAAUUUGGAUACAGAUCAAACAUCAAAUAUAAUAAACACGAGUCAGAUUCAUGAUAAAGAUUACAGACAAACAAAACAAGUACGAAAUAUAAUUAUUCUCCUAUAUUACAAGUCUUAUUUUACUUUACUAUUACAUUUUUUUCUAUUACAUAUUCUUGUUUUGCAUUACAAAAUUUAUCUAAAAAUAUUAAUUUUAAAAAAUAAUCACAUAUAUUAUUGCUGAAUAUUUGAUAUUUUAAGACAAUUUAUGUUUGAAAGUCUUAUCAUAAUAUCAUUGAUUUGAUCAGAAGAAUCGGCAAAGGGAGAUUGAAUGUAUUGUUAAAUUAUAUCCUCGUUUGUUUUGAAACAAUUGUUCCUAACUAGUCUCAAAUUAAAUUGCAAGGCAAGAAGUUAAUAUGAUUUACGAAAUUAAUAUUAUGUAUAAAUAAUGUGUAUAUAAAAGGACUGUUAAUAUUUACCAUUUAUUAAUAUUGUAAAUUAAAAAUUUCGUAUAUUUAAUGUCUAUAUAUAUAUUAAGGUACUAUUAUAUCAAUUAUGUAAAAUUUUACCCAGUUAAAAUAUAUUCAAUGAGCAUUGAGAAUAAUAUUACUCAUUUGUAAAAGCAAAAAUUUCUACAUUUUAAGUAAAAAAAAAAGGUCAAAUAUUGGAAGUAGGAAAUAAAAGGAUUGACACAAUCAGACAUGUUGUGUAUUUUUACAUUUUUCUUUUUUUUGUCUCUUUUUAUAUCAUAAAUAUCUAUCCUGAAUCUGGUUCUAUGCGAACUUUCUCGGCGCCAGGGAUACAAAGAAAAAGAUCGCUAUUAUUUCUGCGCUUAACUCAUUUAAACAUUAAAAUAAAGAAGUCUAGAUCUGCCUCGUGUUAGAUACAUCUGCUUUUUCAGUUUUGUUAGCAUUUGUAAUGGAUAGUAUCCUCAACGUUUUUUUACACGUUCUGCUGGAACAAUUAACAGACGAAAGGAAUACCUAGACUCUUUUCUUUUUGCAACCCGACGCAAAUUAUUUGGAUUACUAUUGUUGUCUGUAGGAGACAUGCUAGCAGAUUGAAAUACAUAUGUACAAUUGGCGCAAUAAAUUUCCUUUCCAGCGGAUAUAUCGCAUGAAUUUACAACAUCGUUCGAUUUUCCCUUUCUUUCACAAACUGGAUUUAUUUUUAGUAGCUAAUCGCCGAGAGCACGUUGCUCUUUCAUAACAUACAGUGAGAUCUCGUUACAACGCCCUGCGUUUCGAAUCUCUGAGUUGAUAUUGUUGUACUGUAAAUUUCCUUACAUCGAAAUGCUCGCAUAUUGGAACAUCUUGCCAUUGAGCUCAAUAAAACCUUUGCUCUGUCUAUAUCUCUGGUUUACAACAGAAUUUUGCUGUGCUAGCUAGUUGUCACUAGAAUCGUUUUUUUUUUAUUUUCUUCAACACAGAAAUCGCUACGAACGUCACAUCAAUUAUUCAGAUUUUCGUACUGAACCAAACGGCUUCGUGAUCAUAUAGGAACAGUUCUACGAAUACCUGUCUACAUUAACAGCCGAUCAAACAUUUAUGCAACAGGGGAUCGUUUCCCUAAACAUUAGUCAAAGUUAACUGAUGUUCAAACCGAUGUUCUGUCUCUUCCUGAAGACAGAUGGAGAGGGAGAAAGAGAGAGAGAGAGAGAGAGAGAGAGAGAGAGAGAGAGAGAGAGAGAGAGAGAGAGAGAGAGGGGGGGGGAGAGAGGGGGGAUGGGGGGAGAGAGAAAGAGCGCGAAAGAGAUAGCGGAUCAGUUAAAUCUCAGUUAACUUCAAUUAACUUUUUACAGUAUAGCUGUUUACACGACAGCGCAAAGCAAAACGCAAUUAAAAAUUCUUUUCUCCAAAGCAUCGAUUAAAAACAUUCAAGAAUUCCGCGGCAAGGAAUACGGACAUGUUUUCCGUUGACCGGACAGGUAGCUGCGCGUAUUUGUAGAGUAGAUUGCACACCAAUAACGUAAUAUACACAGUGUGUUAAUUAUGUGAUUCCGUAGCGAGACCGAAGUGGCUUGUGCGCUGAUUCCCGUGUUAAGAAGUUAAGACUAACAUCUUACCUCAAAACAAACUCUGACAUCCUACUCACUCUCUCUCUCUCUCUCUCUCUCUCUCUCUCUCUCUCUCUCUUUCUCUCUGAUUGUUAAUAUAUAUCUGUGUGUAUAUAUAUAUGUAUAUAUAUAUAUAUAUAUAUCUGUAUAUAUUAGAAUAUUUUUUUUCUUUAUGUCAAAUGGGUCCCGUUAGCCGCUAAUCGCUUCACUUUUAUCGCCACUGGCCCAAGUUAAAUGCGUCGACUUGUGUUCUAUAACGUGCUCAUUAACGAGGACGACGACGACGACAACUUUAUCUAACUAAACAUCGAAGAACAUCGAACUGUUUAUGCGUGUUCAAGUCCCUGCAGUCAGUCUGAAUCUAAUUGACAAUUGUGUAUACCAAAGGUAUGUGUCUUCUUGUUGUGCUGCUUGCUUGAGUUUGUCCCAUCUCUUCUUCGAAUCUCAUUUCUUUUUUUUACAUUCAGUUCGCUAACGAUCGCUAAUAUCGUCUACGUGUGUAUGCGUAAGUACAUAUUAUAACAGUACCGAGCGUACGAUUUUUAGCGUGGACUCUUAUUUAUGGAUGUGUUUUAUAUACACAAACUACAUAUAUUUAUAAUUUUAGAGCGUAAUAUAUGCAGGGUGACCCAACUUUUGCAAUUCUAACUUGUUAAUAUUCACAUAAUCUUCCUCUAAUUUUUUUUUCAAUUAAUAUAGACACGUCUCAUUUUAUGGGAUACUAAAGAAUAUAAUUAAAUAUAAUUAAAAUAUAAUUAAAAGAAACAGAUUUAAUAUUUUCUUUAUAAAAACAUAAAUUUGACUAAUUAUUGGUAUUUAUAUUAAAAUACAAAUCUAGAGCAACUAAAAAUAAGAUUUAAACUUUUGUUUAUACAUAAUAUGAGUCUCAAAGAAUCUUUCAAUGUAUAUUUUCACAAUAAAAUCAUCCAUUAAAUUUGGAAGAAGAAAUUCAUUUUUUAACUCAUCAGGCGAUUGAUUAUUAAGAAUUGAGUGAAAUGGAACACCCUGUAUAUUCCUAUAAAUCUUUCAUCUUCAAACUAACACAACCGUUAUCAUUUUGCAGUUUGGACAAAGAGAAGCACGAGUGUUCUAUAUUAGAACGCAUAAUUUUUCGUUUUACCUCCAAGCGAUGAAACGACAUUGAUCGUGUGUUCCAACUUCAAAAUGUAUAACGCUAAUUGUAACGUAUUCACAAACUGGAUAUAUAUAUCAUAGUAUACGGUGGCAUUUCUAUCUCAAAUUCUAAGUUCGUCACGCUGUUAAUGUAAAAGCUGUAA